UAUGAUGUAUAAUAUAUGUAAGAGGUAAAAUGGUGUUACGAUACUUGACUAUUAAAAAUGUAUAAAUAUAUUCAUUAAUUGAAUUUAUUCUUUUAUUUCCCUUUUUUCUUCAAAUUCCUUUUAAAUAAAUGUCCCAAGAUUUAGCAAGUCAACAACAAUCAACGGACUCAUCAAUUGCAACUUUUACUUCAUCUUUGGUUUUCAAUGUAGCAGUUACGAUAGGAAUAUUUGUUGCUUUUGAUAUCUUGAGAAAACGAAAUAAAAAGGUUUAUGAACCUAGAACUUAUCUGGUUCCCGAAAGUAAUAGGUCAGAACCACUUCCACCAGGCCUUUUUGCAUGGAUUUUACCGGUAUUGAAGAUUUCUGAUGAAGAGGUUAUAAAAAGAAUAGGUCUUGAUUCAUACAUGUUUUUGAGAUUUAUGAAAUUGUUUAUGAUCCUGUUUGCUAUUUUUAGCAUAUUUGGAUUAGCAGUUUUAUUACCAAUUAAUUCCGUAAAUCAGGGUGAUAAUCAGGGUUUGGAAAAAUUUACGAUCGGUAAUAUUCGUGAUGAAAAAAGAUUAUGGUCUCACGUAAUUUUUACUUGGUUAUUCAGUGGUAUCAUAAUGUACGCUUUAUAUCGAGAGUUUAACACAUUUAUUCGUCUACGUCAUGAAUAUCAUACAACUGAUGAAUAUCGUAAUUCUCCACGAGCAACCACAAUAUUAGUUACGGGAAUUCCUAAGGAAUUAAAUAAUUCUGAAUCAUUAAAAGCAUUAUUCGACAUAUUCCCAGGUGGUGUGAAACGUAUAUGGCUUAAUAGGGAUCCAUCUAAAUUAGCAAAAGCCACAGCUAAAAGAGAGGCAAUUGUAAAUAAUUUAGAAGGUGCUGCAACAAAUUAUAUAAUCCAAUACGCCAAAGAUUCAACAAAACCAGAAUUUAGGGAAUCCAAUGUUGAAAAUGGAAAUUCACCAAAUAUUAAACGUCCACAACAUAGUAGUAAAUUACCAAUAAUAGGAAAAAAAGUUGAUUCUUUAGAAACAUAUAGUAAUGAUUUAAAUGACAUAAAUCAUCAAAUAUCAGAAUUACAAAAAAAUCCUAAUGACUUUAAAAGAUUGAAUUCGGCUUUCAUACAAUUUAAUGAUUAUGUUGGAGCACAGUUAGCUGCUACUUCAACAGUUCCAAAAUUAAUUAAUAUUUCACCUGAUGAUAUUAUUUGGGAAAAUUUGAAUUUAACUAGCAAACAAAAGAUGAUCAGAAGAGUUAUAAGUUUAUCUGUUGUAAUUGGCAUUGUAAUAAUUUGGAUGUCCGCAGUUACAUUCGUCGCGGGUAUAUCUACAUUGUCCGAAUUGGCAAAACUUAAACCUUUAAAAUUCUUGGAAGGACUUAAUAAUGCUGAAGGAAAUUUAAAAGUACUUGUCGGAAUAAUUCAGGGUAUUUUACCGGCUGUAGCCUUAAAUAUAUUGAUGAUGAUAUUGGUAAUAGUUUUAAGAUUUUUAUCGAGAUUCGAAGGAAGUGUCACAAAUUCAGGAGUAGAUCUUAGCUUGCAAAGCAAAUAUUACUUUCAUCUCGUUAUGAAUGUACUGUUAGUUACAACAUUCGCCAAUGGUAUACUUCAAUCUUUACCAAAACUUGUCAAUAAUCCAACACAAUCAAUUGAAAUUUUAGCAAAUAACCUUCCACGCGCUUCAACAUUUUUCCUCACUUACAUUCUUCUUACAAUAACUGCUUGCGCUUUAGAAAUCUUUCAAAUUGGACCCUUAAUUAUGAAUUUUAUAUUUAAAAAGUUUCUUGUUAAAACUCCUAGAAAAAUUUGGGAAUUGGAAAAAACGAUGCCGUUUCAAGAUUGGGGAACAGGGUUUCCUCCACAUAUUAUGAUAGCUUCUAUAGGUAUUGUAUAUUCUACAAUACAACCAAUAAUUCUUCCCAUUGUUACAUUACAUUUUGCACUUUACUACCUUGUAUAUCGGCAUCAAUUCCUUUAUGUUUAUGAUAAACUAAAUCAAACAGGAGGAUUAUUAUUCCCUAAAGCAAUUUAUCAAGUGUUUACUGGAAUUUAUAUAUUUCAAUUAACACUUACCGGAUUAAUGUUCCUUAAUGGAGGAUUUGUGCAAGGUGUAUUAUGUAUAAUAUUGUUAGUAUUAUCAGUUGGAGUAUUAUUAGCAAUGAAACUUAUUUUUAAACACAAUCCAAGAGCCGAAUUUUUACCAGUUGAUUUAAUGGGUGUUAUUGAUAUGAAAACAAGAAAUCUUUUAGUAGGUAAAAAUCAAGAUAAACAAAUUUCAUCGGAAAAAGAACCUAUUAGAAAUGAUGAUGAUGAUGAUGAUGAUAACGAUGAUUAUACAAGAGCGGAUGUAUUACAUAUUAAUGAAGGAGAUGAAAAAGACUUGGAUGAUGAUUAUGGAGCAAGUACGUUUACGCAUCCUGCUCUUGUGGCCAUACAACCUAGCGUUUGGAUACCUAAUGAUCAAAAUGGUUCAAAUGAUAUGGUUAACGAAUUUAGGAAAGAUGGUAUUAAGUCAACCAAUCAAGGUGCCAGUCUUGAUAAAAACCACAAAGUUAUAAUAGAUUUAGAUAAAAUCCCUUUAGAAUUUAGAGAUGAUCAAUAUGCUAAAAGUAAAAAGGCCAAUAAGAAGAGAGAAGUGAAACAACUAAAAAAACAAAUAGAUGAAAUUGAAGAAGAAAUAGGUGAAAGAUGAAAGAAUUUUGGGACGAGUUCAUAUUUAUUAUAUGUAUAAAAAUAUUUAUUAUAUACACCAGAUAUUUCUAAUUAUUGUAAUUUUAUUUAUCAAUGAAUAACCAACACAAUAUAUUUUUAUUUUAUUAAUGCCAAAUAAAUAUCAUGACUUUUUUUAA